AUGCCUAUUACAUUGCGCCUUUGCUGUCUGCCAAGCCGCUGCCAGUGAAGCUUCUUAGUGCAAGUUUUAUUCACAUUCUGCUGAUAUGUGUGUGCAGACCGAAGCCAAGCAAAAGAAGACAGAGUCAGUGUGAGUGUGAGAGAGAACGAGAGAGAGUUAGUGAACGAGCUAGGGACGUGUGAGGAGGCUGCUGUUGUGGAUGUGGAGAUGUGUACAGUGCGCUGUGGUCGCGUGGAGCUGCUGUGGGAGUGGUUCCACCCCAACAUCACUGGGAUAGAGGCUGAGCAGCUGCUCCUGACACGGGGGGUCCACGGCAGCUUCCUGGCCCGGCCCAGCAAGAGCAACCCAGGGGACUUCACACUCUCUGUCAGACGUAACGAUGAGGUCACCCACAUUAAGAUCCAGAAUUCAGGGGACUACUACGAUCUUUACGGCGGGGAGAAGUUUGCCACGCUGGCUGAGCUGGUGCAGUACUACACGGAACAGCACGACCUGCUGCGCGAGAGGAACGGCGAUGUCAUCGAGCUCAAGUACCCCCUCAACUGCAAAGACCCCACAUCAGAGAGAUGGUACCAUGGGCACCUCUCCGGGCGUGAUGCAGAGAAGCUUCUCACAGAGAAGGGCAAACCGGGCAGCUUCCUGGUGCGCGAGAGUCAGAGCAAGCCGGGCGACUUUGUACUGUCCGUCCUCACCAACGAGGAGAAGCACGAGAACGUGGACCGCAAGACCAAAGUCACACACGUCAUGAUCCGGUACCAAGAUGGCAAGUACGAUGUGGGUGGAGGAGAGAGGUUUGACACCCUGGCGGAUCUGGUGGAACACUAUAAGAAGAACCCCAUGGUGGAAAAGAGUGGCAUCGUGGUGCACCUGAAACAGCCCUUUAAUGCAACAAGAAUAAACGCAGCAAACAUCGAGAACCGUGUGCGGGAGCUGAACAAAGUGGCUGACAACUCUGAGAAACCCAAGCAAGGAUUCUGGGAGGAAUUUGAGAUGCUGCAGCAGCAGGAGUGCAAGCUCCUCUAUCCCAGGAAAGAGGGCCAGAGGCCGGAGAACAAGAGCAAGAACCGCUACAAGAACAUCCUGCCAUUCGACACCACCCGUGUGAUCGUAAGGGAGGCAGACCCAGAGGUGUCCUGCUCGGACUACAUCAACGCCAACUACAUCCGAUGUAUGCAGGAAGAUGGACGGCAUAUGGACGAGGGGAAAGUCUUCAUCGCCACUCAAGGUUGCUUGCAGAACACGGUGAUGGACUUCUGGAAGAUGGUGUACCAGGAGAACACACACGUCAUUGUAAUGACCACCAAGGAGAUGGAGCGAGGAAGGAAUAAGUGCGUACGGUACUGGCCAGACACCAACUCCACCAGGGAGUUUGGCAAAGUGAGUGUGAAGAACAUCGAGGAACACACAGCUCAGGACUACAUCCUGAGAGAGCUGGAGGUGACUCGAACAGACAAGAGGGAACCGCCCAGGUACAUCUGGCACUUCCAGUACCUGAGCUGGCCGGACCACGGCGUGCCCAAUGAACCUGGGGGGGUUCUGAGCUUUUUGGAGCAGGUCAACCGGACCCAGGGAGCUAUUCCAGAGACAGGACCCAUUAUAGUCCACUGCAGUGCAGGGAUUGGAAGAACAGGAACCAUCAUUGUGAUCGACAUUCUCAUUGACAUCAUCAACAGACAAGGGCUGGACUGCGACAUUGACAUCCCCAAGACCAUCCAGCAGGUGCGACAGCAGCGGUCAGGCAUGGUGCAGACGGAGGCCCAGUACAAGUUCAUCUACAUGGCCGUGCAGCAGUACAUCGACACCGCCCAGAAGAGACUGGAGGAGGAGCAGAGGAACAAGACGAAGGAGAGGGAGUACUCCAAUAUCAAGUAUCCUCCUAUGACGAACGCCAGAGUAAAGCCCAACAUGAGCAUGACCUCCUCACGCUCCUCCUCAGUGAUGAACGACGACUCGUCCAGCGUGUAUGAGAACCUGAACAUCAAAAGCCCAAAGAGCUGUGGGAGCAGUAACACCAGGAGAUAGGUCCUCCAGGAUGCAGUCUCUCUUCUCUUUCUCUCUCUUCGCAGCAGAGGUACAGCUUCUCAGCACCUGACCUUGUGUGCGUCUGGAGCAGGGCGGGGCAGGAGCCUUCCCCUCCCUCCUCCCUCCAUCCCUCUCUCUCUUCCUCUCUCUCUCUCUCUUUCUCUUUCUCUCUCUCUCUCUCUCUUGCCGUGGGCUGGAGUCAGUGCGGAAGCAGGAGGACAACAGUGACUUUUCUGCUCGGCUGUAACCCACCACCUCCACCCUCAACACGGAGGAGCGCACAGAAUCACCAACCCCCCACACCUCAAUCACAAUCAUUCUCUCUUUUUCCCUCCCUCCCUCCCUCUCUCUUUCUCUCUCUUUCUCUCUCUCUCUCUUUUUGCCGGACUCCCCGUGUGACUGUACAACACCGUGAGGCUUCACUCUUGCAAACUUAAGUGCCUCAAGCUACAGCCGAGUCUGUGCACCCCCCCCCCACUCCCCUCCUACAGGGCCUGUUGCUCCACCAUGGGGCAAAGACACGUGCUCUCAGCACAAUAGCCCCAAUCCCCCCCCCCCCCCUUCAGACACUCUCCACUUUCUGUCUUCAAGUUGGCCACAAGGUCACAUGGUCAGACAGAAGCGUGACCUUGUCCACACUUUGAAGGGGUCACUGUUUCCUCAACACAGCAUGUGUUGUUGUUUUCUUUUUCAUUGUAUUUUUUUGUUGUGGACACAUAGAGCAUGUUUGAGGGUAACCCGGAGGGGUUUUUGUGUUUUUUUUGUCCUUCUCUCUCUCUCUCUCUCUCUCUCUCUCUCCCUCCCUCUCUCUCUCUCUCUCCCUGCCUGGGGCUUCUCUGUGCACUGGAUGUCAUCUACUGUAACCAAAGACCUUUAAUAUGCUCGACAGAGUCUCACUGGCCAUAGUCAUUAGUGCUUUGCUGAGUGACGAACGAUGCACAGUGUAGCGAUUUGCUGCAGUACACAGCAUUUGCACACAAGGACAAGUGCGUACACACACACACACACACACACACACAAAAUUAUGCAACACCUUUUCCAGCCCUCAGCGAUAUCCCCUUAUUUGGAAAAGGACAUCAGUGUAUGUAUUUAAUCUGCCAUAAUGAUUUAGCCGUGGUGUAAUCAGUGGUUGCGGACUCAAGGAGGAGGGAGUGGAAGUUUGGAGAGGACAAGAGAACUGAAGGACACUGGAAGGCCAUGCAAAGGACCUCUGUUUGCUCAUGAACCAUUGUGACACAUCAGGACAUCUUUUUUCUUUUUUUUAUGUGCCAAUUUGCACCCUCGCACGCACUUCUUGAAGCUCCCUCUGUUUCUUGUUUUUUUUUGUUUUUCUUUUGUCUUCUUUUUUUUGUUUUUGUGGAGCUGCUGGAAGAGCCUGACUCUCUCUCUCUCUCUCUCUCUCUCUCUCUCUCUCUUUUUCUCUGUGUGUGACUCUGCGCCUUAGGCUGCCUGUGUAAUGUUAGCUUCCUGUCACCCCUCUCACACCCCACGUCCCCAUCACCCCCCCACCCUGUUGUGGGCUGCUGUUGCUUUUUUGGCCCUGAUGGCCUGCCGUCCGGCUGGGGGUCUCUGGACUCCCACCGCCUUCUGCCGCUGCACAGACCCCCACCUGCCUGAGCCUCUGCAGCCCAGCCUUCAGAGCUAGAUCCGUCAUGGAAAAGUUUCUGUUCUUCUUUUUGUAUUUCACAUCUGAUGAUUCCUUUUAAAGAUUUGAUUUUGUGGUUUAUUUGUGAAUGUGAUUGCGUGAUCGUAUGACAUAUAGCACAUAUGCAGGGUUAUACCGUAUAAAAAUGCUAUAGUAUGUGUACUUUUUCAAGAUGGGGUAUUUGUCCAGUUUGUUGAACCUAUUACCCUUUAUCCUAAAAACUCAUGUUUGAUCGACACCUAUACGGGUGAUGUACAGUAAGCUACAUGAAGCUAUUCAUGAACACAGCCUCACGUUCCGUAGGUUAAGGGUCGCGUGUGUGCUGUUAGAUGAGAAGCCAUAAUGUCACGAGCCUCCCAGACCCAAGAGAUGUGCAUCGUGGUGUGGGGUAGCCUUCACCCAAGUCUUUAGUGAAACAUCAGUGGGCCAGAUGGCCGUAGCUCAAGAUUAAAGAAUAGAUUUGUCUAGUGGUGGGGGGAGAAAAAAAGUAAUUUGCAAGAUGGCUGUAAUCCAGACAUGCUGAUGCUAGGGCUGACUUGGCAUCAUUGCUGACGUCACAAAGCGUGGUGGUUGUGAUGGUGGUGGUGGUGGCGGGGGGUGCAGCGUGAUUGUUUGUCCCGCCAUCCACCGGUGAUUGAGGCCUGGUGACGUAGGGUCGUUCUGCUCUGCGGGCUUAAAAUAGAUGGCUCAGUUUAAUACGCGCUCUACACUCGAAUCUGCCUCUCUGUUCCAGCGUAUGACAUAAAUCAGUGAUCACUCGGACUGCAUCAGAGUUGUGUUUGUGCGUACUUUGUGUGUGUGUGUGUGUGUGUGUGAGGGGUGUGUAUGUGUGUGUGUGUGUGCGUGUGUGUGUGUGUGUUUUUGGAUUGUUUGUCCAUUCAGUCUGUUUUAUAGGAGGACAUGCACAGGCCUGGACAGGUUGCUUGGCACCUCACCUGAUGCACACCUGCACACGUUUGAAUUGUUUGUAUGCAUCUUAAUUUGGACACAACAAAGCUUAAACCCCAGACGCUUGACAACCUUUACACUGGAUAUGUCUAUUAAUAAUGGCUGCCCAAUUGUGAAAAUAGUUUCAUUAGAUGGUCCACCGACUUAGCAACCAUGUGUCCCCUCUUGCACACCACUAAACUCAAGCAAACGUGUAUUUAUUUGAUCUUAUUGUUUAGUGCUUGAAAGGCUGUUUGUAAUUGAAACCUGUUUUGUUUGACAAAUUUUCACCUUGCCUGUGUGAACAUGGGUAGGAAUCCAAUUUUAUGAUGUAGUGAACCGUAUAUAUAAACAUGAAUUUGAGUUAGACUUUGAUACUUGAAAUGUUUUUGAACUGCUGAGGUAAAAGCUGUGUGAUAUGGAUGUGUGGUGAGGAAUGUCCCUCCCUGUGGAUGAUGACGGUAGAACCAUGUCAGUCUCUUAGGUGUACAUCAGUAUUGUAAUUUUAUUCUCUUUAGAGGUUUUUUGUAAGUGUUUUAAAAAAAACUUGUCCCCCACUGAUAUUUUUGUAUGAUAUGAUUUUAUGAUCAUCAAAUUAUUGUUAUUAUUAUUAUUAUUAUUAUUAUUAUUAUUAUUAUUAUUAUUACUAUUAUUAUUAUUAUUAUUGGGCAAAAUAAACUAAACUAAACUUAAAUUUUAUCAAAUUUUUUUUUUUUUUAAUUUACUUGAAUGUUAUGUUUUUUUAUCCUUCUUUGGUUUGUUUGUUUGUUUGUUUGUUUGUUGCAAUAUGCCUGAUCUGAAAUGUGCUGUGCUGACUGUCCUUGUGUUGGAUGAAGACUGUUCCCUCCUGUUUGCACUGCAUCAACCUAAAACGCCUUCUGUCCUGGUUAACAGUGAUGCAAAUGAUUGUCUUCACUGACGAAGAGUUCAGCAUUGAAUAGUCAAUAAAAAAUAUCAUGAAAUACAAGAA